CCAUCACAGGUUCCUCACUUUGCCGCAGACUGCUCUGGAGGCUGAGCAUCCUGAUACCUCUUCCUCAAGCCGUCCCUAAGCAAGAUGGCGAGCCAUGGUCAGGUAGAGCCCACUCGGGCAGACCAAGCCACGCCGACAUCGCGUCAGAGGUGUUGGUUCUUGUAAGAAAGUGCUGGAUGCAGCACGAAGGCACUCAGAAUUUGCUGCAUGUAAGUGCAGCAUCUAGAACAGUGUAACUUUGCCACAUUGCUUAGCUUGCGGGUUCCGCUGUCAUACCGGCCAUGGAGGUCAGCGAUCCCCCACUAAUCACGAUCAGGAGAGGCGACACCGAGGAAUUUUGCACACUCGACGACCCGCCAUACCUCUGCAAGGAUGUGCUGGACUAUCUCGACGUCACAAAAGGCUGGGGCAGAGGAGAGCUGACGAAGACAGUGGGGGAGCGCGUGAUCUCCAUACACACGAGCCGCCAGGUGCCUGCUGGCAGCUACACCUUCAGGGAAGUGCGGGCGGCUGCUGGUCCAAGUAUCACAGGAACUGGGGACAGAUCCCGGGAAUAUAUCCAGCACCUUUUACCAGGACCACCACCUGCUCUCCCCAGUGUGCGAGCCGAGCUAGAUGCGGCAUUGAGGCACUCGCAAAGCGCCAGGAUACCAGUGACAUCAGAGUGUUACACUGCUGUUCAAUCAGAAGAUGCGCAACUUGCAGAGCAGCACCUGGUAUCAACGGAUGGGUCUCGACUGCCAGCCUUUCUCAGCAGUUGGAUCUUAAAUGAACCUCCAAAAGCCACAACAGAACAGAAUAUAACUUUGCAUGUGAGCAGCAGUCUGCUGCAGUUGUUUAGCCUCCUUGAGAAGCUGAGCGGGCUCGAGCUGAAGCCUAAGUUGACCUUCAAUGCCGCUGAGUCAGAUACCAGCAGUCAAGCCAUCGCUCGAGGAAAGCGGCCUGACACGCUGGGAAUUGCCAAGGCAUGCACGCUGCUCAUUGGAGAGGAUAAGAAAAGAAGAAUGCUGGAAGGAGUGGAAGAUCUACGCCGAAAAAAGCUGAAGCUAUCCAUGAUGCAUUAUGGAGACCUGAAGUUUAUUGUGGGGUAUGCAGCAGCUGAGGGGAUCUUCAAGUGGUUCUGGAUGGGAGCAGGGCAGCAAGAUAUUGCUGAAAUUGGGGAGGAGCUCAACCUCUUGGAAAGGCAGGACCGCAUCAAGUGGGUCAAGAAUGUGGUCUUCAUCUACCGUCUCCUGGAUGUCAUGGCCCAAAGUGUACCUGAGCUUCUAGGCAGAGUUCCUGUCUAUGACCUGUUGGAACGACCUUCGGGGGCGAAGAUCGUCUUCCAUGAAGAUGGGGCUCAGAAGGUCAUCUCCAACUUUGACAAGUAUUGCGAAGACUAUGAGACGAGCUUCGAGGCUGUGGAUCGUGCUUACAAGGCAGCGCAAGAAGCAGCGGCGGAGGCAGCAGCGUCAGGUCUGCAACCAUCUCUGAUCCAGGCAAAGUGUAGCCCCGAGGUGCAAGGGCGGCGGAAGACUUACUCAGUUGAGACGACACCCCUCGGCUACGGGAGGCCUGCUUCUGAUCCCCAGGACGCCCGCGCUAUUGCAUACGCUUGCUGCAGUGCAGCAAGAACGCUCCACUCAAAUGGUAUCGUGCACAGGGAUUUCCGCAUGCCGAACAUUGUUUGCUUGGGGGCGGACAAUGGAAGCCUGGACAGCACAAGGGCUGAUGUUGGGGGCUCAGACAUUGCGGGUUCCCAUUCAAGGGGUUUGGGCAGAGCAUUCAUGGUGAUUGAUUUAGAAUCGGCUGCAAAGGAAGGGGAUGUGGUAUCGCAAAACUGUAAGCUUGCCAUCUGUCACAUGCCUGGGGUCUUGGAUGAGAACAGGAGGUAUACCACAGCGAGCGACAUGUUCGAAAUUGGGAUCCUGCUGGAGGGUAUUCUGAAAGAUUUGCAGUCGUUUAACGGAGAUGCAAAGGAGUUCGUGCUGGCUUUAAAGGCCAAAAAGUGCAGUGCCGCAGAAGCACUCGAGCACCCAUGGUUGCGGGCAGCCGCAGGCUAAAUAGGGGCAAAGCAGUAGGAGCGGUUCAAGGUCGUUUUGCAUGGCCCUUCUUCCUUUGAUGUAUAGACGUGGGCCUGCGAAUUGACUCAAACAAUCCCGGACGAUUUUGUGAAAACGUUGUAUAAGGUGGAGUAGACCGAAGUCGUUUUGCACGGCCUCUCUUCCUUUGAUGUACAGACUUGGGAGUACGAGUUGACGCAAACCAUGUGGAUGUUUUGUGGACAUGUUGUAACGGACAGGGCGGUCUGAAG